AUGGAAUUGUUUAAGCAAAUGGUUGCUGUUGGUUGUAGGGCUAAUGUGAUCACUUGCAGCAAUUUGAUUGGUGGAUUGUGUAAAAUAGGGAAGAUAAGUGUUGCCAUUAAGUUGCUUGAAGAGAUGGUUAAUGGGAAUAAAGAAUAUGGUGUUAUUUGUAGGCCAGGUGUUGUUGUUUAUACUACUAUAAUUGAUGGUCUUUAUAAAAUUGGAGAUGCAAAGGAGUUGUUUGAUUCUAUAACUAGAAAGGGGUAUACAUCUAACAUUGUGAAAGAUGCAUGGAAUUUAGUUGGUGAGAUGCGACUUAACGAUGUUUUCCCUGAUUCUUGGACAUAUAACAUUUUCAUUGGACUUUGGAGAUUCGAAACUGCUUGGGACUUAUUUCAUAAGUUUUCUCUUCAUGGAAACCUGGUGCCAGAUGUUGUAACAUAUAGCAUUUUGAUCAAUGGGCUGUGUAAAAAUGGACAACUAGAAAUGGAAAAGCAGAAUCCUGCAAAAGUUCAUCCAACUGCCCAAAUGCUCUAUAUUGGUUACGGUAAGGAGAAGGUUCAGUAA